GGACAUGGACUUUCGACAUAAUGCAUCGCCGCGGAGAAUAAUGGUGGUAGCAGAUCCAACCCAAGAGUCAGCAGGUGCACUCCAAUAUGCACUGUCUAAAACUGUUUCCGAGAACGAUGAAUUGAUUCUCUUCCAUGUCGAAAACCCUAAUUCAUGGCGAUACACGAUAACGAUGUUCCUUAAAAGACCUAGGGGUGGCUCCGCCACCGUAGAAGGAGGUUUAGGGAACACGGAGUUUCUUGAAGAAAUGAAGAAUGCAUGCAAACAUGCAAAACCAAAAGUACGUGUGCGGGUAGAGAAGGUGGCGUUAAUGGAAGGCAAGGACAAAGCAAGUAUUAUUCUAGAUCAAAGCAAGGUUCUUGGGGUGGACGUCCUUGUUAUAGGGCAACGACGGAGUCUUUCUACAGUUAUCUUAGGAUACAGGAGGCCUGGAGGUUCCACGCGAGGGACAAAACCAAUAGACACAGCAGAGUAUUUGAUUGAUAAAAGCAGUUGCACCUGCGUCGGAGUACAGAAAAAGGGACAAAAUGGAGGCUACCUUCUCAAUACAAAGACCCACAAAAAUUUCUGGCUUCUGGCUUAACAAGCACUCGAAUUACCGGAGAAGCACUUGCGCUUUCGUCUUAGAUGCUUUGUUAUGCCGUUCGUCUUCUGCAUUCGAUUAAUGAUAUACAUUGAUCGUUGGGACAGUAGAAUUAAAUCGAACAAGAAGUUUGGUUCGCUAAAUCGGUUGACGUCUAGACAUAGUGAGCUUGACGAUGAGACUAUAUUUGUUGUGCUGAUCUUGGUUGGUUAAGGAGUGAGCCAUAUAUGUAUGAAAUCGUUCAAUUCCAAAUGAAGAAAAAUAGGUUUGUACAUACGUAACAAUGAUUGGCUUCUGUAAACCAACAUCAAAAUGUUUAUAGUAGAACCAAAUUAAUGAGAUAGCAGUGUCUUUUCGUUCUAAAACAAAGUUUGU